AUGGGCAAAGAUCCCCCCAGGAAGGCAGAGCACGUGGCCUGCGGAAGCUCUGCCAGCCCCCUGACCUUCCAGGCUGCAGCCCUCAAGUCCUUUGAGGCUGAGAGCCCAGUGCUGGGCAGGGAGGGCAGCAGGUUCCUGAAGACAAGGCGACCAGCUGCAGAGGACGAGGCCCGGCAGACGCGGACUCAGAGGCAGGCACCUCAAGCUUCCUGGCAGAAUGAACCUGCCGCAAAGCUAGGCUCUCUGGACAGUGAUGCAGAAGAGAUGGAAGCCUUGAUGGGGAGCCUGGCGGAGUCUUCCAGAGAAGAAACACACAGCCCUCUAGGGCUCGCCAGCGAAAAGGUCAGCCAGAGAGGACCUGGAAGGACAGCCUCGGAUCAGAUCCAGACUCAGAGCAUCUACCCUGGAGGGAGGCCUUCUGGGACGCGGAGCCCACCAGCCUUGGGGCUGGCACACAGGGCCUUUCCUGGUGCCUGCUCACAGACCUGCCUUGCCGGGGACCCCGCCUCCCGCACAGCACCACUUUCCAUCUCAGGCCCACUGGUGCAGUCAGAGUCCUCCACGGUGGGGCGUAGCCAACUUGCCUCCCACUGCAGAAGGAACGUGGCAGGGUCCAGCGAGGAGGUGGCCUCAGACACUGGCAACCACGAGGACAAUGACAGCCUUGAUGAUUUUAGGCUCAAUAUUUUGUCACUUGAUGAUCUGGCCUCAGCUGUCAGUGAGAACUCAGACCUGGGACAGAAAGGAGCUAGUGCUGUGGGACAGGAGUCAUCAGACCGCAACCUCGCGGCCCAGGUACCUGCUUCUGCCCUGCUGGAAGCCCCGCAGUGGCCUCAGCCUCGGAGCUCAGUGUUUCAGGGUGCAGCCAGCUCUGGUGCUGGGGUCCCCACUGAGGGGGAGAGCGAGGUCUCAGAGCACCUGGGGGGCAGCAUGUGCGGCAGGAGGCCACGGUCCUCGGCCCUCGAGUCAAGCUCUGGGGACCUCAAGCCCACGCCUGGCUCCUCUGAGGACACCUCUGAGGGGGCGCAGGACGCUGUGUCCUCCAGCACAGAGGCAGCACGGCCCUCCAGGCCUCCCUCGUCAAGGCAGUGGCAGGCCAGGCCCGUGGCGAGGGUCACCCUGAGGGAGACAGCAGUGCAGACUCUGGACAUUGCCUCUGCCAACCCGUGGACAGAGGCGGCUGGUGUGGCCCUGGGAGGUGCCUACGUGGACCCGGCACCCAUCGCCCCACACGUGGUCAGUGCAGAAGCCAUAGAAGCCCUGACAGCCCACAGCCCGGCCGCGGUGGCCCUUGACGACUUGCUAAGGCAGCAGCUACACCUGACGCAGCGGUUCAUCCAGGCCAGCCGCCACCUGCACACAUCACUGCUACGCUCACUGGACGGGGACGCCUUCCACUACCACAGCCUGGAGGAGGCCAAGGAGUAUAUCAAGCGCCACAAGCGGCCACUGACCGUGGAGGAUGCUGCGCUGGAGGCGGAGGCAUGA